CGCCGUCGUUUCAGUAGUCCCCAAAGCUUGAAUCGGAGUCGACUCAUCUCCGAAGUACCAGAAGCUGUGUGCAAAUUCACCGCGAAAGCAUAGUGGCGCAGAUAAACCCCGCUUCCAAAAUUCCCCGAUGGAGGAGGGCUUAGAGAAGAGAGAAUCAGAAGGUGAAGUGAUUAACAAGGUUGCCGAAGUGAUUUCGGCUAUAAAGAAUGCGAAGCACGUCGAUCAAGUCAUUUGCGCGCUUCAUUCCAUAGCCGCCCUUCUCUUCCCCCUCGACCCUUCUCUUCUCUCAGAUAGCGUUGACGAGAGUUACCGAGACCAGGUCUUCAACGUCGAAGUUCCUUCUGCAGAGAAACGUCAUGGUUGGUGGCGUGCGUUUUAUCGAGGAGCUGCUUUUCCUACACUGGCACGGUUUUUAUUGCUUGAUGUUGCAUCGAACUGGUUGGGUUGUUUUCCCUUUUCUGCGCAGAAACAUGUUUAUGAUGUUUUCUUCGUUCGUGGAUUGGUCACUGAGGUGCUGCAGAUUCUGGUUCCUUUUCUUCAGUUGAAUGCGAGUGAUGGUCUUGAUGUUAAUGCUGUUCUCUCUAAUUCCGAGAGAUUGCUUGGACUGUGCUUGCUUGACAAUAAUGGGGUGCUCCAGUUAGCAAGAGAGUUUGGUGGUCUUUCUAAAUCAAAAAGCGCUGCAUAUGAACGGAUCAAGAUGGAUGUAUCUAGGGUGGCACAGAUUGUUGCAUCUAUUCCUGACAAAGCAAGAAUGAAUUCCAGGACUUCAUUGUCAUCACAUGUGUUCUUCAAGCAGAUUGUUGUCCAACUACUCUCCCUGGCAGAAGAAAGAGAGAUGAUUUUGCUAGAGAAUGUAGACAUGGAUGAAAUGGACAAAAAUGGUGUACUGUUAUUUGUAGGGGAAAUGUUUUCUCGCAUUUGUCGUCGUGGCUCUGCUGAUCUUCUAUCUACUGAAUUAAUACAGGAAGUCCUAACGCUUGUCAACAGCUGCUUAUCAUCAAGCAAUGAUUCGGUUACUAAGGAAUUGCUCGAGUCAAAACCAGACACAGUAUUUUGGUUGAGAAUAAUGGAAUCCAUCAGUGAUACUUAUACCACAGAAAGAAUCUCUGAGCUGAUUUUGCAUAAGUUAGCUACACAACAUGCAAAUGAUGUUCAAGCAUAUUGGGUGCUGUGGUUGUUAUUCCAUCGAAUAUUUAAGCUUCAGGCUUCUGUCAGGUCUAUGUUUGUCGAUAAAUUCCUUCUAUGGAAAGUAUUCCCUUUUAGCUGCCUGAAAUGGAUCCUUCAAUUUUCUGUUCAUGAAUGCCCAGCUGGUACCUCAUUAUUGGGACAUGAUCGCCCUGGGAUUUUGGAUACCAUCCAACGUCUGGUUGCUGUAUGGUCUAAGAAAGAAUUUGUGCAAACAGUGCCUAUUGAGCAGCAAGCUUACAUAUCUGCUGCACUAGGCCUUUGUCUGGAGACAAUGUCUAAGGAGGAAUUGGAUGGGAUGAAGAAUGCCAUGCACUUGAUUCUUCAAGGAGUUAGCUGUAGGCUGGAGAGUCCUAAUUAUUUAGUUCGAAAAAUGGCUAGCUGUGUUGCUUUGGCAUUGUCUAAAAUUAUUGAUCCAAAGAAUCCUCUGUACCUUGAUGAUAGCUGCAGAGGGGAGACAAUUGAUUGGGAAUUUGGAUUCACUAUCCACAAGAAAGGAAAUCUGGAUGUCUCAAAUUGUGGAGUAAAAGGUGUUGAGGGGACAAAUUUAUCUACAGUUUUGGGUCCAGAGAGGGACUCCGACUCCCCUUCCAAUAAAGAUAAAAGUAUUUAUGUAAAGGGUAAAAAGAAGUUAUUGGACUUUAACGUGCUUGAUCCAGAUGAGAUUAUUGAUCCAGCAUCACUGCAUCUUGAAUCAGAUGAUAACGAAGAGGAUGAUGAUGACAAUGCUAGUGAGAAUUCAUAUUCCUCAAGUGAUUCAUCUUUACAGCCGUAUGAUUUGGAAGAUGAUGACUCAGAUUUGAAAAGAAAAUUUUCGCAGUUGGCUGAUGUAGUUGCAGCUCUUAGAAAAUCCGAUGAUGCUGAUGGGGUAGAAAGGGCUAUUGAUGUAGCUGAAAAGCUCAUAAGAGCAUCCCCGGAUGAACUAAAACACGCAGCUAGGGAUAUGACCAGAACUCUUGUUCAGGUUCGUUGCUCUGAUAUAGCUUUAGAAGGUGCUGAAGAAUCAACUGAAGAGAAAAGACAGAGAGCAUUAGUUGCCUUAGCAGUCAACUGUCCAUUUGAAUCACUUGAGACGCUAAACAAGCUUUUGUAUUCACCUAAUGUAGAUAUCAGUCAGAGGAUCAUGAUACUAGAUGUCAUGACAGAAGCAGCUCAGGAGCUUGCUGAAUCAAAAAUUAUGAAACCCAAACACAAGAUUAGUUCCCUUAUUUCAGUUGUUUCUGAUAGCCGACCUUGGUUCCUACCUGGCAGCCCUGGGACUCCUGGAGCUGGUUCCUGGAAAGAGAUCUCAGGUACUGGCACUUUUUUGAAUUGGUCAAAUAGCUAUGAGAGAGAACUUCCCCCAAAACCUAAUCAGGUCAAGAAAGGGAAAACACGCCGGUGGAGCAUACAAACUCCUGAACAACAAAACCAGAUGGAAUAUUCUCAUAAUAAGUUUCCCAUGUAUGCCGCCGCAUUCAUGCUUCCUGCCAUGGAGGGAUAUGAUAAAAAAAGGCAUGGUGUUGACUUGCUUGGCAGGGAUUUUAUUAUCUUGGGGAAACUCAUUCACAUGCUUGGGGUUUGUAUGAAAUCUGUAGCCAUGCAUCCAGAAGCUUCUGUGCUGGCUCCUUCCCUCCUGAAUAUGUUAAGAUCCAGAGAAGUAUGCCAUCAUAUGGAAGCAUAUGUGAGAAGAGCCGUCCUUUUUGCAGCUGCAUGUGUAUUGGUUGCCCUUCAUCCUACUUACAUUUCAUCUGCCAUACUUGAAGGAAAUUUUGAAAUAUCAACUGGCCUUGAAUGGAUUCGCACAUGGGCCCUUGAUGUAGCUGAGUCAGACACAGAUAAAGAAUGCUAUACGAUGGCUAUUACAUGUAUACAACUCCAUGCCGAGAUGGCUCUUCAAACUUCCCGAGCAUUGGAGUCAGCAAGAAGUUCACUCAAGGCAGGUCCUACUCUUCCUUCUGGUGCAUCCAAAGUGAUCAUUAAAAUUCCCUACUUAAGCGGGGAUUAGUGAUGCUACUGGCUAUUGUGAAUGGCUGCUAGCCCGGAAUAAUUCAAAACUGUGCUAAUUAUUUCUUCUAUUCCUUAUUAGUUUAAUUUUUUUAUCCAGUCCUUGUGUUUGUAUGAAUUUUGUAUAUCUUAGGAUUCUAGAUUGGUAUCACGCUAAUGUUCAGGUUCUACUUCAAAAGCAUUUGCAAUUUAAUAAUAUUUAUUCUUACGCCUUAGCCGUUUGA